GCGGAGGAAUACGAGAUCCGGCAAGUCGCCGACCACGCUCCUGUUGCCAGACACAGUGAAGGCGGUCGCAGUAAGACAGCAGCACGCUGGGGAGCUACUUUCUCGACACGAACACUUCGCUCGGGCCUGGUAAGCGGAGCGGAGUCGGGCGGUGGAGCCAGGACAUGCCGGGGCCCCGAGACUCAACGGGUCGUCCAAAGUCAGCUCGCAAGGCAUCACGAUCUAAAAUGGAUACCUCUAUGUCCUCAACAUUAAGCUUCUUCCAUCUACUCUUCUACCUGCUCUCUUCAGCAAACCCAACAAACCGCCAACAUGCAGUUCUCCGCCGCUUUCCUCGCUACCAUCCUCUCGGCCACCACCGUCUUCGCGGCUCCCGCCCCUGCUGGCGAGGCCGUCUCCAUGAUGGCCAAGGGCCCCCAGUGGACCUUCCAGGGCCUCAACCGCAAGUGUGACACCGCCGACAAGACCUGCACCUGGAACUUCAAGAUCAACACCGGCGCCGCCGCUGCCACCAGCUGCACUUACGUCGUCAAGAGCGCCAAGGCCACUCCCAAGGCCUCGCGCUCCAGCGGCGGCCCUUCCAAGUGCGGCGACUUCACCAUCACCUCCGGCUGGAGUGGCCAGUUCGGCGAGGGCAACGGCUUCACCACCCUCUCUGUUGUCAGCAACAGCAAGAAGCAGAUCGUCUGGCCCGCCUACACCGACAAGCAGCUCGCCGGCGGCAAGACUGUCAAGCCCGACCAGGCUUACGCUCCCGCUGCUCUCCCUUAAGCGACGACGAUGACGAUUCCCACGACGGUUGGAUACAAUUAAUUGGCACCAUUCUUUAUACAGAAGCAGGCAAAGGGAUAUAGGCAUAACUAUAAUUCUAGUACACAAAUAUACAUCUCAGACAUCGGAUUUCUCUGUCCGGGUUAGCAAUAAUCUGAGUUUUCC